CCCAGGCAAAUGGCAACGAAAAUCGACAAGGAGGCGUGCAGAGAAGCCUACAACCUCGUCCGAGACGAUGGCACGGAUGUUACCUGGGUGACUUUUAAAUAUGAUGGCUCUACCAUAGUCCCUGGAGACCAAGGCACAGACUAUGAAGCCUUUAUAAGGGAAUGCACAGAUGAUAUCCGGUUGUUUGGCUUUGUCCGAUUUACCACCGGAGAUGCCAUGAGCAAGCGAGUCAAGUUUGCCCUUAUCACUUGGAUUGGAGAGAGCGUCAGCGGCCUGCAGAGAGCCAAAACCGGGACUGAUAAAACUCUGGUCAAAGAAGUAGUACAGAACUUUGCCAAAGAAUUCGUGAUCAGUGACCACAAAGAGCUGGAUGAGGAGUACAUCAAGAAUGAGCUGAAGAAAGCAGGGGGUGCUAAUUAUGAUGCCCAGAAUGAGUAAAUGCACUAGCCGCCUGGUACCAUCUGCCUGGAUCAGGAAGGGAGGGGCAAAGCACAACCACCCAAGUAAAAUGUGAUGAAGCAAACGAGAGAAGACAUGGCUUAUUUGUGUGCACCUAAGAAGUCUCUUCCCUUCUCCCAAAAUUGACUUUUAUUUUCCAUUCCACUUAAUGAAACUUCCCUCUUCCAUAGGAGCUGUUCUUAUUUUUUACAAAAGUUGCACAAAUAACUCAGUCCCCAAACAGAUGCUGAUGUGUUACCUUUCUGUUUGGCUCUGCACUUGUCCUAGUCAGCCUUGCUGCUCUAACAGGCCUGCUAUUAAGUCUAUGUUUUUGUGUAUGUUUGCAUUUGAAUGAAGUUCAAAAUGGUCUCCCAUUACCACCAGGAGAGAGAUCUCUAGGAAUUGUGGUUUUUGGCUGUGGCUAUUCUUGGGCCUACAUAACUUGAGCUGGCUCCAGUUAAACUUUGAUUAAAUUCCCUGAGCGUAAACGUCCGGUAGUGCUAAUGAUGCUUAGCAGGUCCAAAAGCAAAUCUCAUUCUCAAUGCUGAAUACAUGAGAAGAAAUAAAUUUGCCUUAAAAAUUGCUUGACGGUUGCUGUGCUCUGUGCUUUUAAAAAAAAUUGAUCCAAUGUGAUUCGAAUGAUUUGAGGUUCUGGCUCACUGUUUUGUAUAUGUCCAUCUCUGGGGUUAUACCCUGAAUUUCCCAGUGUAAAAAUGCAUUGCUGGUGAAUGGAUGAGGAGGGAAAAAUUCAAAUGCAUAGAUUUUUCUUACGUGACUGCCAAAGUAUCAGUUGCAGCAUCUAAGCAGCUUUUUAAAAAAUUUUCUCCCUUGCAAAGGUCGGUUUAAAAACAACAUCUUGAAUCAUUUGGGGGCCUUAAGGCAGCUCACUGAUGCUCUAGCUCUGUGAUGGGCAACCUGCAGCCCAUCAGGGCCGUGUGUGGCCUGAGACGUUGCCGUCCGUGUCGUUUUUUCCUACUGCUGUUACAACAGCGCCAUGCAUGUGAAGCCAGGGCCUGUGAAAUGAGGAGCAUGCUGCUUGUACACAACAUUGACUGUGAGUCAUGUUCUCCCUCUGCAUCCAAUCACCCCGCAAAUUGUAGGCACGCAAACAGUCAGCAAAAAUACCCUGUCCUGGGAGACCAUCUUGGUUUCGGCAAAUUUUGUGGCUCAUGGAGAUGGAGGAGCACUCACAUAGCCCACUCACUAGCCUAGGCUGCUCAUCGCUGCUCUGUUAUAACCCAAGAGAUGGAGCAGAGCAUAAUGCCCAUUUGGAAUGCAAUGUUCAAUAGCAGUAGGUCAAUGCUUAACAUUCAGGGAUUAAUUAAAUAACAUGGGCACAAUUUUCAGUUACCAAACAAAGAUCUUCUCUGUCUUUUUUCCUCUUCCUCUCCCCUUCUGCCCCCACCCCUGCCGUCCCCCCCUCCCAUUUAUGAUUGUUCCUGGAAUUUUAGGGGAAACUUGUGUAUGGGGGUUUGAAAGUUGGCGCUAAUAAAAACCAGCAAAGGAUUGUUUUUUCAAAA